AUGCAUAUAGACCCGAUCGGUGACUCGGAGUCUUCCCUCCCAUCUCUUCUUUCUGGAACUAUCAAAAUAAAGCAUGGAAUGCCGAUUCGGAAACUCCGCGGCAAGACCCGCCAAACGCUCCGGUCUCAAGUGGUGGUCGAUUCCGUGGAAACGGUGCUUCGGCAAUUAGUCCAGAACAGUCUAGAUGCACAGGCGUCUUUUGUUCGGGUCAAAAUCGAUCUCGCCUCGCUCAGUGUUUGCGUGGAAGAUAACGGGCAUGGAAUCGAGGCGCUGGACCUUUCUCUUGUGGGGAAACGGUAUCACACGUCUUCAGGCGGACGGGGCGAAUCGCUAAGUUCGAUUGCUGUUUGCUCGGGCAGUGUGAUUGUGCGGUCGAAAACACAGGCGCAGCAGGAGAAUUGUGUCUGUUUGGGCGGUCUGUGCCCUCCGGAGUUGUUGAGGGUGCUCACCUCUUUUUUCCAAUUAGACCUGUUGGAGGCUGCCGGCACGCAAGUUAUGGUGAGCCGGGUUUUCGCCAGUAUGCCAGUUCGUCUUGAGAACGCACGCCGGAAAGCAGACAAGCUCCGGCAGAAGAUGAAAAGCGUCUUUUUUGAGCUCCUUUGUGCUCCCCACGUGAAGGCCGAAGUGUAUCUACUCGAGCAGGGUGAAUUCGUUCGGAUGUUUAGCGUUGAAGCCUGCGAUUCUGUGGUGGAAAAGUUUUCGAGUCUUUUUCGGCUCUCUGCAAAGAAUAUGGUUUCUCUUUUGGCGAAAUCGACCUCGUGCUCCGUUGAAGGAUCUUUCUGUCUUCAAAGCUCGCACCGAUCCGGGCUCCAGUUUGUUUUUCUCAAUGGCGAACAUGUGCCUUUGCAGAGUCAGGUGAACCGAAUAUUUGCUAGUCAUGGGUAUGGUUUGGGACGGCAGAGCGUUUUCGGCCGCUCUUUGAGGUUGCAUCCAGUAUACUGCUUUCAUGUACAAGCCCAAGAUGAAGCGAAUGCUCUUCGUUUUCUAAAAGAAGAGUUGGCAAAGGUUUUGGCCAAGGUUUUGGCUCAGGGUGGACAGAAGAGAUAUAAUGAGGGGCAGAGGGGAUCACCCAAGAGGAUAAGGAAAUCUACACGAGAAGAAAUUGACUCUACGCAAGAAGAAACACAGCCAUCUGUGGACUUUUCGCAGCCAUCUGUGGACUUUCCGCUUGUUCAUGUCUCGCAGCAGGAUAUCGGCACGUUGAAAGUUGUGAAGCAGGUUCUGAAACAGUUCAUCCUCGCAAAACUGGGGUCCCUGCUAUUCAUUUUGGACCAGCAUGCUUGUGAUGAGAGAGUACAAGUGGAGCAAUUUUUUCGAGAAUAUAUCACUGCUAUGAGCGAUCCCAGCUGCGACCUCCGGAUCCGAUGCGACGAGACGAUGGCCUUUUCGCUCGCCAAAGAAGAACAGACGUCUUUCCUACGCUAUGAAGAUGUUUUCCGAAACUUUGGAAUAAGCUAUGUUCUCGGAAAUCGAAAAUGCACUGUGACCCAUUUGCCUCGAGCUUUGCUGCACGAAACGCAGCCUGAAAGACUCAAGCUACUUCUUCUCCAACACAUUAUGGAAAUGGAAGAAGGAGAAAAGCAAGCGACUAUGACGGGAAACUGGGUCCAGGAUGUGUCAAAUAUACCGCUGGCGAUUUCGGAGUCUUUAAUAUCAUCCGCAUGUCGCCAAAGCGUCAAGUUUGGAGAUUUGCUUUCAAAGGCCGAAAUGGAGUACUUGAUACUGCAAUUGGACAAGUGCACCUUGCCCUUUCAAUGUGCACAUGGGCGGCCCACCAUUGUUCCUUUAGAGGCUGAUAUGAUGACGUUCACGGAAGAUGAAGAUCUAGAUUAA